AUGGUCACAUGUGCUCACACUGUGCAUCUCACUUUUUGUGUGCAGCACACCAACCGCUACACAAAUGAAGUCCACCACCACCACCACCACCACCGCCACGGCCACCCGCCAGUCCCACAGCAGAGACUUUCUCAACAAGGGAAAAACAGAAGGCUGCUCCAGGCAGCUGAGCAGGGGGCCGUAGAGGAGCUGAGGGCACUGCUCGCUGCAGGGGCGGAUGUGGGGGCGAGAGGCAGGGGCGAACACAGGAUGUCUGCCCUACACUGGGCAGUGCAGGGGGAACAUAUGGAGGCCGUGAGGUGUCUACUGGAUGCUGGUGCGGAGGUGAACGACAGGGACAGCAACCGGAACACACCUCUGCACUUGGCUGCAUACAGUGGUGAUGUGGCUCUGGUGCGGAUACUGCUGGAGUCAUCUGCUGAUCCCAAUGCAAGGGAUGAGUGGGGGAGAACGCCGCUGCACGACGCAGUGUGGCGUGGCCACAUGGAGGCGGCGACUGUUCUGCUCGACGGAGGCGCUGAUAUGGAUGUUAUGGAUGACGAUGGGUUCACCCCCCUGGACAAAGCCAGGCAGAAAAACAACCAGCAGCUGAUAGAUUUGUUAUCAUGAG